AAGGUGACGUGGACACGGAAGUGGUCGUCGUCGCGGCGGCACCGGUGGGAGCUGGGCGCGGGGCUCAGAGUGCGGCCGGCGAGCGGACUAGCGGCGGUGGCUUCGCACCUGGGCAGCGGCGGGGGACGCAGGCGUUGUCGGAUCGGUGUGAGUCCUCUGAACCGAGGAGAGGCUUCUCAGCCCGUCUGCCAGUCGGAGCCCCGGAUCCGGGACCUGCUCAGCCGGCGUCACCAUGACCAAGGCCGGCAGCAAGGGCGGGAACCUCCGCGACAAGCUGGACGGCAACGAGCUCGACCUGAGCCUCAGCGACCUGAACGAGGUCCCCGUUAAGGAGCUGGCUGCCCUCCCAAAGGCCACCAUACUGGAUCUGUCUUGCAAUAAACUGACUACUCUACCGUCGGAUUUUUGUGGCCUCACACACCUGGUGAAGCUGGACCUAAGUAAGAACAAACUGCAGCAGCUGCCGGCAGACUUUGGCCGUCUGGUCAACCUCCAGCACCUGGAUCUCCUCAACAACAGGCUGGUCACCCUGCCUGUCAGCUUUGCUCAGCUCAAGAGCCUGAAGUGGCUGGACCUGAAGGAUAACCCCCUGGAUCCUGCCCUGGCCAAAGUGGCAGGGGAUUGCUUGGAUGAGAAGCAGUGUAAGCAGUGUGCCAACAAGGUGUUACAGCACAUGAAGGCUGUGCAGGCAGAUCAGGAGCGAGAGAGGCAGCGGCGGCUGGAAGUAGAACGAGAGGCCGAGAAGAAGCGGGAGGCCAAGCAGAGAGCCAAGGAGGCUCAGGAGCGGGAACUGCGGAAGCGGGAGAAGGCAGAGGAGAAGGAGCGCCGGAGAAAGGAGUAUGAUGCCCUCAAAGCCACCAAGCGGGAGCAAGAGAAGAAGCCUAAGAAGGAAACAAACCAGGCUCCAAAGUCUAAGUCCGGCUCUCGGUCCCGCAGACCGCCGCCCCGGAAGCACAGCCGGUCCUGGGCUGUGCUGAAGCUGCUGCUGGCACUACUGCUGUGUGUCGCUGGCGGGCUGGUGGCCUGUCGGGUGACACAUCUGCAGCAGCAGCCCCUCUGCACCAGCGUGAACACCGUCUACGACAAUGCGGUCCGGGGCCUGCGCAGCCAUGAUAUCCUCCGGUGGGUCCUGCAGACCGAGUCCCAGCAGUGAGCUUGUCCUCAGCCCUGCUGCCUCCCCAGCCUUGGAGCUUGGAUUCCUACGGAAUUGGGUUCUGCUGGACACAACCUCUUUUUAGCUCAGACCUACCUGCCAUCAUCAAAUGGCUGCCAAUGGUACUUGAGAUCUCUUUAUAGACUUCUUUGUUCCUUAGUCAGGGUUCCCUGGUGGAAGAAGUGGGAGGUGGGGACAGUUACCUGCAUGCCUGAAGGAAUAGGCUUGGGAUGGGGAGAGGAAAAAGCCUUUUCUAAUUGCUAUACAAAGUUGCAUAAAGGCAAGGCUCAUUUCUACUAAAUGGUCAGGUCAGCUGUCACUACAUUUAUACUUUUGUAUGUCACAAAUCUUUCUUUCAUUCCUCCCUGGGUAGCCAGGGCAGAUCAGGAGGCAGUGUGUCACUGGGGACACAGGGAUCACCAUACUCAGCGAUCUAAAUUGAGGGGAGGGGCAUAACUAUUUUCUUAAGGACCUCAGGCACUGAGACAUUUUAAUGACUGUACAAAAUCUCAGGCUGUGAAAGGGGCUUCAAGACCAUCCAGGCCAAUAUAACAAUUGCAGACAGGGAACCAGGCCCCCCAUGACUUGCCUACAGUCUUCCAGUUAGUUUGAGGCAGGACCGGAUUCCCACUCUGGUAUCCUCCUUUCCUUCCCGUCAUUUUGCCUCCUUUAUAAUGUCCUGAAAGAAGGGAACUCACACCAGAAUUGAGUCUCUCAGCUGGAGUGUAGACUCUUUGGUGGUAGACAGAUUCAUCGACCCACAAGUAGAAAUCUCACAGCCAUGAAGGUCUUGGGCAGCUCUGUGGAGUCCUGGGCUAAGUCAUGUGGCACCCAUGAAAUGGGGACAGUCCAGGCCCCUUGCCUUGAUUUGAGAGCAUUAACCCCCGCAUUGUCAAUAAACAAGGAGGUGUGGACCCUUGCAAAGCCA